AACCAAAGAUUGAGCUCUGUUUCUCUAUUUAUAGCUUACUGGGUUGCCAAGACCUCUAACUGAGAUCUGCUUGAAAACUUCCACACCUACGUUCACUCUACACUCUUUAAUCUUAUCCAAACAUCUCAAAAUCUUUACAAAGCUCUCAGCUUCUUCGUUCAAAAGCAAUUUUUGGAAUGGGAAGUGUUUAUGGAGAAUACACCUAUGAGAACCUUGAGAGGGAACCAUAUUGGCCUUCUGAAAAGCUUCGGGUUUCCAUAACUGGAGCUGGUGGAUUCAUUGCCUCACAUAUUGCUAGACGAUUGAAGAGUGAGGGUCAUUAUAUUAUUGCUUCCGACUGGAAGAAAAAUGAGCACAUGACAGAAGACAUGUUUUGCCAUGAGUUCCAUCUUGUUGAUCUUAGGGUGAUGGAUAACUGUUUAAAGGUCACAAAUGGAGUUGACCAUGUGUUUAACCUUGCUGCUGACAUGGGAGGCAUGGGUUUUAUUCAGUCCAACCAUUCAGUCAUUAUGUACAACAAUACGAUGAUAAGCUUUAACAUGCUCGAGGCUGCAAGGAUCAAUGGAGUUAAAAGGUUAUUUUAUGCCUCUAGUGCCUGCAUAUACCCUGAAUUUAAACAGUUGGAUACUAAUGUGAGCUUGAAGGAGUCUGAUGCUUGGCCUGCAGAGCCUCAAGAUGCUUAUGGUUUGGAGAAACUCAUGACCGAAGAAUUAUGCAAGCACUAUACUAAGGACUUUGGCAUUGAGUGUCGUGUCGGACGGUUCCAUAAUAUUUAUGGACCUUUUGGAACAUGGAAAGGUGGGAGAGAAAAGGCCCCUGCUGCUUUUUGUAGAAAAGCCCUUACUUCCACUGAUAAGUUUGAGAUGUGGGGAGAUGGACUACAAACUCGGUCUUUCACCUUCAUUGAUGAAUGUGUAGAAGGUGUUCUAAGAUUGACAAAAUCUGACUUCCGGGAGCCAGUAAACAUAGGAAGUGAUGAGAUGGUUAGCAUGAAUGAGAUGGCUGAGAUAGUUCUAAGCUUUGAGAACAAGAAGCUACCAAUCCACCAUAUUCCUGGCCCUGAGGGUGUUCGUGGUCGAAAUUCAGACAACACUUUAAUUAAAGAAAAGCUUGGCUGGGCACCUACAAUGAAGUUAAAGGAUGGGCUGAGAUAUACAUACUUUUGGAUAAAGGAACAGAUUGAGAAAGAGAAAGCUCAAGGAAUUGAUUUAGCAGCUUAUGGAUCAUCAAAAGUAGUUGGAACACAAGCACCAGUUGAACUUGGUUCUCUUCGUGCCGCAGAUGGCAAAGAAUGAAUCUGAUUAUUCCAAUUCAGUCAAUGCUGGUUUAGUUGCACCAUGCUUACCAAGUCAUAUAAUCAAACCCAUCAUAUUUUAUUGCCCAGUAAAUUUGGGUAUAGCUAGUUUUUUUCAGGCUGCAAAGCUCCCAUAUGAAUAUAUUAUCAAAUCUAGAAUGGUGUAUUUCUUCUGUCUGCAUUUUGUAGCUUUGACAGAUAGCUGGUGUUUGUUGUAUGAUUUUAUAUUUAUUCAUAAAUUAUGUAUGUCAUUAUAUUUGUUAAA